CAGAGAACAGCAGGCUAUAUAGGACCUCACACCAUGGAAGGAAAAUAUCCUCCCAUUCAGGGGGAACUGGCGCAGAGGGACCAGAAGCUGCCCCAGGAUGGCCCCUGGAAGUUUUUCUGCCUGGCAAUGACUCUGGUGCUGUUUCUGCUCGUCCUCAUUCUAGGUGUGGUCCUGGCUGAGGUACUGCAGUUCUCCAACCAGAUGCAGGAAGACCUCAAGCAGAUGGACAUCAAAUUUGUGCAGGGUCUGGCAGAUGCUGGGCACCAGCGGGACAUCCUGUGGGGAGAGGUGUUCCGGCAAACGGAGGCUGUGCGGGCAGGCAACGAAUCCUUCUGCGAGCCCUGCCAUGAAAACUGGACAGCAUUUCAGGGCUCCUGCUAUCAGUUCUCCACACAAGAAAUGAACUGGUUCCAAGCCAAGGAUCACUGUACUGAGAAGGAUGCUCACCUGGCCAUCAUCAACAGCCAAGCAGAGCAGAAAUUCUUGAGACCAAAGGAAAAUAAGAACUACUGGAUUGGCCUCAGGAAACACUACCCAAACGGCAUUCACAAGUGGCAAGAUGGCUCAGUCCCCACCUUCGUCAACUGGCAUGAUACCACAUCUUCCUACUAUGAUUGUGCCUUCCUGACGGAUUCUGGCUAUUGGUUCUCGGAUACGUGCCAUAUGUAUUGGUAUCAUUGGAUCUGUGAGAAGCCACAGGUCUGCUGAAACUGCUCUUUUUCUUCUGUCUGCAGUCUUGGGAAAGAUUGUUUUGAUAUGCGACCUCAUAACAAUUCCCCAACUUGGCUGCAGAAAAGGGGGUCUCCUGAAAGCCCUAGUCUUUUUGGUAGCAUUCUCACCCGUUUCUUGCCCCUACGUCUAAAUUCUGUUGAGGUACGUGUAAAAUAACACUGGGAUGAAACAACGAGCAAAAUAUUUUGUGUAGGACAU